AUGCAGAUUUUUGUCAAGACUUUAACCGGAAAGACUAUUACGCUUGAAGUUGAGGCGUCUGACACGAUUGAAAAUGUUAAGGCCAAGAUUCAAGAUAAGGAGGGCAUUCCGCCGGAUCAACAGCGUUUGAUCUUUGCCGGUAAACAAUUGGAGGAUGGACGCACUUUGGCUGAUUAUAAUAUCCAAAAGGAGUCUACACUUCAUUUAGUUCUCCGUCUUCGUGGUGGAAUUAUUGAACCGUCUCUUCGUCAAUUGGCCUCCAAAUAUAACUGCGAGAAGCAAAUCUGCCGGUUUAUUUUUUGUUUUUUGACGGGCACUAUUACCUUUAUAUUUCCUAUAAUUUCAACGAUUCUGAUAAGAAACUAG